AUGUCAUAUCCUGGACAACCACCGAUGGGCAUACCUGGUAUGCCACCAAUGCCAUACAUGGUUGGUGCUCCACCGCCUAUGCUUGGCAGUGUAAUGCCAAUGCCACAUAUGAUACCAACGCCUGUAUCUGCUAUGCAAACAUCAGCACCAGCAGUACGUUACACGAGAACCCAGCAACAACAACAACAGCCGCAGCAAGCACCUCGACCAGAAGCACCAAAGCGCCGUGAACGUGAAAAUGGUCCAGCGGUUACUGUUUUUGUGGGCAAUAUUAUGGAGCGUGCGCCCGAUAUUAUGAUAAGACAAAUUCUGGGUGCCUGUGGUCAUGUAGUAUCGUGGAAACGUGUUCAAGCUUUUGGAUUUUGUGAGUACGCUGGUCCAGAUGCUGGUUUACGAGCCGUAAGACUGCUUCAUGACAUGGAAAUCGGUACAAAACGUCUAGUUGUUAAAGUCGAUGCUAAAACAAAAGUUGUGCUCGAUCAAUUUAAAGCCGAGAGAAGAAAGAAAUUAAAAGGCGGACAAUCGCCUUUGCAGGAUGAAACUCCAAGUGAGAAUGCUGAUGGUGACGACAGUGAUGAUUACAUGGAUGAAGGAAUGCGUGUUGUUGAUCAGGAUGCAUUAACUCGUAUUGCCCAGGUUAUUAAAGAACAUGCUACUGAAAUAGAAACAGCCCAAGCUGCUGCUGAUGCGAGAAAGUCAGAGGAUUUGUUAAAAUCAAAGGGAUUGAAUCUCGAUGACGCUGAAAUAGAAGAAAGCAAAAGAGACUUGAUAACACGUGAGAUUGGCAAAUUCAGAGAAGUUAUGAAGAAACAAGAGGAAGAAAAGGCUCAGGUUAAACGAAAACGUGAAGCUGUUGAAAAAGAGGAACGUGAAAAACGUGAAAGAGAAAGAAAAGACAGGAGAGGUGACGAUGAUGGUAGAGAAGAGCGGGAUGGUGACUUUGGAAGCCCUGUUUCGCAUAAAGCUCAUAAUGAUCGGAGGGACAAACGUCGAUCCAAGUCUAGAUCUAAGGAGCGUGAAAGAGAUCGUGACCGAAUGCGAAACGACAGAAAUCGUGAGCAUAAUCGUGAUCGUGAAAGAGAUCGUGAUCGUGAGCGUGAACGCGAUAGAGACAACAGAGGUGAUAGAAAUGACAGAGAUCGUGAACGUGAUCGUGAACGUGAGCGCGAUCGUGACAAAGACCGCGACAGAGACCGUGAACGUGAUAGAGAGCGUGAAAGAGAAGAGGUGAGAAAGAGUGAGCGUGAGAUAAUGCGUGAGCACGAGGAAGAGGAAGAAGCUAAAGAGCGUAAAAAAAUUGAGAGGCGAGCAAGAGAAAAAGAAGCUGCGUAUCAAGAUCGACUGCGCCAAUGGGAGGGCCGCGAGCGUCGCAAGCAGAAAGAGUAUGAAAAAGAGUUAGAUAAAAAGCGCGCCAAACGCGAGGCGAGGGAAAAAGAAGCGACGCGUUUGAAGGAAUUUUUGGAAGAUUACGAUGAUGAUCGCGAUGACUCAAAGUACUACAAGGGUAAAGAAUUGUCGCGGCGACUUGAGGAACGAGCUUUAGAAGCUGAAGCUGACUCACGUGAUCGGUGUGCAGAGCGUCAAGAACUUCAACGUCUCAGGGAUAAACUUUAUGCUGACGCUUCUCAUCCUGAUCCUGCUGCCGAGUUUGAGCGAUUAAAAGCUGAGCGGGAAGAGCAGUAUAAACCGAAACCAAUUAUUACGAUAAUUGAUGAAGAUGAUGAAAAAAUAGAAAAAGGCAAAGACGGAGUGAUGCCGCCUAUUGAAACCGAGCCGAUUGACAGUGACAGUGAUGAUGAUGUACAAUUCGAAGAAGCGCCGCUGCCAGAACCCUCGAGAACUCCACCACGUCAUCAUCAUCACCAUAGACGGCAUCACCGUCAUCAUCAAAAUCACCAUCGUGACUCUGAUAACAUUGACGGAAUGGGCUCUGAACAGAGCAGAGAUGGUACUAAAGACAGACGUAUUUCUUCCCCGGGUAUUCAGGUGAUAGGUACACCAACUCAGCCACCACCGACUCACGACGAGGACUCGAGGAUGUCAUUGGUCAGCGAACCUGAGAAAACCAGUGGCAGUAACUUUGUGCCAUUCGCUAUGGGUGGUAGUGGUAAUCGAAAUUCAGAUCAUAACUCUGGUAAUAAGACACCUGCCAGUCCGAAUUCUGCUAAUAAUCUACAAAGUGCCCAGCAAGCUAAAAAGAAAACGCGGAUGGAUGUCAAGGAUGUUUUUAAUAAUGACGACGAUGAUGAUGGAACGAAUAACUCGAAAAAACGUAAACUUGUACCUCUAGACUAUGGUGAAGAAAAGAAGAAAAAAGGUGGUGAUGACUCGAGUAAAGGAGGUAAAGAAGAAAGCACGAAAAGUCAAGAAGAAAAAAGAAAGCACAUUAAAUCUCUUAUUGAUAAAAUACCAACUGAUAAAAAUGCUCUCUUUGGUUAUCAACUCGAUUGGGCGGUUAUAGAUAAUACACUAAUGGAAAAAAGAAUACGCCCGUGGAUAAAUAAAAAAAUAAUAGAGUAUAUCGGUGAACCUGAGCCAACAUUAGUUGAUUUUAUUUGCAGUAAAGUUAUGGCUGGCAGCUCGCCACAGGGUAUCCUCGAUGAUGUACAAAUGGUAUUAGACGAAGAAGCUGAAGUGUUUGUGGUAAAAAUGUGGAGGUUAUUAAUCUACGAAGUUGAAGCUAAAAAAAUGGGCUUAGUUAAAUGA